CACUUUUCAAGUGCUGUUUAACGUGGGCGAUAACUGUUUGGCGUUUAAGUUGUAAUAUCCUUGAAAAGGAUUAUCUUAUUGGAGCGCGUACAUAAAUAAAAACCUAGAAGUGUGUAGAUAAAUUACACAGAAAUGAAAAUAAUUAUUAGUUUUGUGGUUGCUUUGCUGCUCGAUUUAACAUUAGCGCGACCUCAGGGUCCCACGAAGGAACCCAUACCCAUAAUACGACAAGAGCAGGAAGUCAAUUUCGAUGGAUCCUACAAGUAUUCGUACGAAACGGGCAAUGGCAUCGAAGCCGAAGAGGAGGGGUAUUUGAAAAACGCGGGCUCCGAAGCGGAGGGACAGUCAGCACAGGGCUUUUUCUCGUACACUUCACCUGAGGGUGUGCCCAUACGCAUCACUUAUCUCGCCGAUGAGAAUGGCUUCCAGCCGCAAGGUGAUCAUCUUCCCACGCCGCCACCAAUUCCGCCAGCAAUACAAAAGGCGCUCGCCUAUUUAGCCACCGCACCACCUCCACAGGAUCAAACCAACGCAUUUGCGGGUAAUCGUAGGGGUUAAGAGAACGAUGUCAAAAGGAAGCUGUGAAUGGUAAAUGAUAAAAAAAAUACGAGCAACAACACACACGCGCGCGGACGAAGGCACAUGCACACACGUUUGCUAUUGUUUGGAGUUGUGAGAGUACGGAAUUGUGAGAGAGCGACGUUGUUAAGGAGAGUGAUUGUUUUCAUAGAGAUUAUCAAAACAAAUAUGUAAAUGAUAUUAUACUUAUUUAGUUAAUGUAGUGAUACGAUAAGAUUGAUUUCAAUGAAAAAUAAAAUAAAAACGAAUAGC